AAGAAGAAGGUUCAUAUGUUACCGACCUAAACACCGGAGCAGUUAGCGGAGAGGAGACGUUAGCCGGGUCCGAACAACGGCAGAAACCUCCCUCGAGGAGUAUUAGUCUGCUGCUCAGACAUGGACCGACACCGGAAACAGCUGGAGGAGGUUUUAAAACCGGAGACGAAGCCGCGAGGAGAAGCUUUACCUUUCGAUGUCCAGAAAGUGAUUGUUGGUGAAGAACAUCAGCAGGAGUGGAGCUCCAGUCUGGACCAGGAAGAGCCAGAGCCCCCACACAUUAAAGAGGAACAGGAGGAACUCUCGAUCAGUCAGGACCGAGAACCGCUUCAAGGGCUGGAGGAGGCUGAUAUCACCAAGUUCCCUUUCUCUCCGGUCCGUGUGAAGAGUGAAUAUGAUAAAGAGGAACCUCAGUUAUCACAGCUUAAUCAAAGACAAACUGUAGAGAUGAAAACGGAAGCUGAUGGAGAGGACUGUGGAGGACCAGAACCGGCCAUCGACCGUUCGCGUUCACAACCCGAUGAUGAUGACAAGAAUGGAGACUCUUCUGAACCUGAGACUGAUGACAGUGCUGAUUGGAAGAAGACCAGAGAACCUCAGUCAGGUUUAGACUCUCUGAAUAAUGAGGAAGUCUCUGUCUGUGAUUCAAGAUGUGGUACUGGUGAGAAACCAUUUAGCUGCUCAGUCUGUAAGAAAGCUUUUACAGACAGUGCACAUUUACAAAGACACACGAGAACCCACACAGGAAAGAGACCAUUUAGCUGCUCGGUCUGUAAGAAAGCUUUUACAAUGAGUGAAAAUUUACAGGCACACAUGAGAAUCCACACUGGAGAGAGACCAUUUAGCUGCUCAGUCUGUAAUAAAGCUUUUAUACAGAGUGGACAUUUACAGAAACACAUGAGGAUCCACACAGGAGAGAAACCGUUUAGCUGCUCAGUCUGUAAGAACGCCUUUACAGAUCGUGCACAUUUACAAAGACACAUGAGAACCCACACAGGAAAUAGACCAUUUAGCUGCUCCGUCUGUAGGAAAGCUUUUACAAUGAGGGAAAAUUUACACGCACACAUGAGAAUCCACACUGGAGAGAAACCUUUUAGCUGCUCAGUCUGUGAGAAAGCUUUCACAGAGAGAGGACAUUUAAAGGCACACAUGAGAACCCACACUGGAGAGAAACCAUUUAGCUGCCCAUUCUGCAAGAAAACGUUCACAAUGAGUGGCCAUUUACAGCAACACAUGAGAAUCCACACUGGAGAGAAACCGUUUAGCUGCUCGGUCUGUAAGAAAGCUUUUACAGUGAGUAGAACUUUACAUAGACACAUGAGAACCCACACAGAGGGGAGAGACCAUUUAGCUGUGUGAAGUGGAGCUGUAGUCCAUAAGGAGAGCGGAGAACCUCAGUCAGGUUUAAACACUGAAAAUGUAAUGUGUAUACUCUGGGUCCUUAAAAAGUUUAAAAUAUAAUAAUUAGAAUUUUAGGCUUUAAAAUGUCUUGAAUAUGAUUUUGAUAGGUGUUAAAAAAUGUAUUGGAUUGUGAAGUUAAUGUGUCUGUUGGUAUCCCAUGAACUGGACUUCUUGGGAAAUGAAAGAGCCAGUCCAUGCAACCCCAGCUCUCUUCUAAAUGGCAGCUAUUCUUAAAUCACAAGGAACUGCCCCCCAACUCAGUCUCCCUUAAGUCUCUACUGCAUCUCUCAGCAGGGGUCCAGGUCAGCUCUCCGCUAACGCGUGGCCUACUGAAAGUAGCCCAACACAGAAACUCUAGCAGUUGAUGUGAGUGCCUGCUUAGAGUAAACAAGUUAGCAUCACCUAAACAUACAAAGGCUACCAGCUAACCUGAAACAAAAGAACAGAAGAAGUUAUCACCAAGUUAACUACAAUAACUGAAGCUACCGGCUUUAUCCGGCCGGCAGGAUUGGAAUACAGCACAAUGGAGACUGAAUCAUUUGACCUCAGAACCACAGUUCUCCCAGUCUGGCUUUCUCACAAAACCAAGGAGUUCUUCCUCUGAUAAUGUAACCAACUCGGGCCAGCAUUAGCAUGUCAACAGCAGCUAAGCAAAGCUGUUAAGUGUUUAAGUUCUGUUAAUGUUCAUGUAUUGAUUUGCUUUGAAUGCCAUCCAGACCUAUAUUGUUGUAAUGUUUGUUUAGCAGUCAAGUUGUUUCAGUUAGUCAAAUGUUUGUAUGAAAAGAACUAUACAAAUGUAAAGGCUACAGUAGGCCUAUUUUAUACACACUUAGACACACACAAACAGACUUUAUUAUUAUUAUUAAUACGAAGCCGCCUGUAAACUUAAAAUCAUCCACCUCCCACCCACCUAAAUGAAUUAUUUUCUCCGAUUUAGAGACCCGCAUGGCCAUUUCACUGUCCCUUCAUCACUGUAGGCUGCGUUGCUUUUUUAAAUAAUGUAUUGUGUUGAUGUAGCCUAUGAGUGUUUCCUAUAAUGAUUUACCUCUCUUUUAAUUCGAGAGGCUGCUUGUAAACAUUUCCGCGCAUGCAGAAAUGUCACUGCAGCUGAUACCGGACGUUUUAAGCAGCAAAAACCAAGUUGUAAACUUGACAGCGACAAACGGAACUAGACCAUUUACUUCUGAAAUAGGCCCAAUGAAGUCGCUGAUGUUUCUCGAGCGUCUCUCAGACGCACUUUCAAACCGAGUUUUUAUGUCCGACAGCAGAUCCGCUAUGUUCACAUUUUAGAGAACUUUAAUAAUAUGUUCCUUGUCAAUUGUGCGUUAUUUCACCCACACGCUAUUAAUCAAUGUUAAUUUGUAUGAUUUGACCGGCCCAAUCCGUAACGUUAUACUAACUACAGGCCUGCGGAUCAUAGGCGUAAAUCCCCCCCCCCCACACUAGAAAUAUCACUAAAAACCAUGCUGUGUAUUGUAAAUAACAUGAUGAUGUAUACUUAAAAUUUCUGUGUAAGUAGUAAAACAAUACAAACCCCCCAAAAAUGCUUUUUAAAUUUAGAAACAUUUUGAGUCCCCCGCCCCCCCCUUGCCUCACAGUGGUUUGGUCCACUGCCUGCUUGGGUGGACGACACCGGGAGAGAAUGAAAUGGAACAUAUAACGGUAACGCUACAGUAACGUUAGUUGUGGAAUGUAAGUAGGCGGUUCAAGGCCAUUUUAUUCACAUUAAACAUCGGAUGAUGUUUUUCUUUUCUCAAAACGUUGUGUGUGAACUGAUAUUAGGGUUAAUAUUGAAGAUCUACAGUUGCGUUUUGCUCAAUAUGAUAAGUGGCCGACCAGUGGGUUUGCUGCAGGUAAAUAUACAGUAGCUCACAAAAGUGAGUACACCCCUCACAUUUUAGUAAAUGUCAUAUCUUUUAA